AUGCAGCUCACUCAGCUCCUCCUCGCAACUGGCCUCGUUGCCUCCUCAGCCUUCGCUGCCCCCGUCGCUGAGACCAAGUCCAUGAUGGCUGCCACCCCCCAGUGGACCAUCCAGAACGCCAAGCUUGUCUGCAACGCCGCCAACACCGCCUGCAACUGGACCUUCGGCAUCUACCCCGGUUCUGGUGCUGCCACUGCCUGUACCGUACCUUUGAACGGCAACACUGCCUCCCACACCAACGGCGGACCCGUCACCUGCGGCGGAUACACCGUCACCUCUGGCUGGAGCGGCUAUUUCGGCGAGGGCAACGGCUUCACUACCCUGUCUGUUGUCGACAACAAAUCUCGCCAGAUCAUCUGGCCUGCGUACACCGACAAGCAGGUUGCUGGCGGUGCCGUUGUCAAGCCUGACCAGAGCUACGCUCCUGUCAACAUUUCUUAA